AUUGUCCAUUGAUGAUAAGAUGGACAAAACAAAAUUCGAAAGCAAUCAUCUUAAGACUUAAGGUGCACCAGAAUAGAGGAAUCUGUUUGAUAUGGGAAGCAUGGAAUGACAAGGUUAUUGUAUAUUCCAUUUCCAUUUGCAUCCACCCCCGCAAUCAAAAGUGGAUUGAAAUUGGGUUUCCUAUUCACACCUUUCUCCUCUUUUACAAAGUCCCACUCUUCGAUCACUCUUCCUCGUUCUUCCUUCAAAAGAUUAUCAAUCUUCUCAGCGAUGGAUGUUUCUAGAGCUGAAUCUUCUAAGGAAUUGCCACCGGACUUGGAUUCAACCAUGGUGGAAGAGUAUGCUUCUCAGUCGAAAUUGCUUUUACAGUUCACUAGCAUUCCUAGCAUUAAUAAAGCUUGGGUGUUUAAAUCAGAUACAGGGAAGAAUUCCAAGGCAAUAUUUUCUAUUAAUCAACAAAACCUCUUGGCAAAUAAAUUGAGAAAGUCUCUAAUAUCUGCUUCCAUAAGAAAAGAUGACGACAAUCCCAUCAAUAUCGAAUGGACCCCUUUCCCUAUGGAGCUGUCAGGGGUAGCAUUAAUGGUGCCUUCACCAUCAGGAUUAAAGCUGCUUAUUGUUCGAAAUCCCGAGAAUGACUCUCCCACCAAACUUGAAAUAUGGGGCCCUUCAGCCUUGGAGAAGGAGUUCCAUAUUCCCCAAUCUAUUCAUGGUUCAGUCUAUUCUGAUGGAUGGUUUGAAGGUGUGUCCUGGAACUCUGAUGAGACACUUAUUGCAUAUGUUGCUGAGGAGCCUUCUCCUCCUAAACCAGUCUUUAACCAGUUUGGUUACAAGAGUGAAGGUUCAGUUGAUAAGGAUUGUAAUAGUUGGAAAGCCCUGGGAGAUUGGGAAGAGGGAUGGGGAGAAACUUAUGUGAAUAAAAGAAGGCCAACACUCUUUGUUAUCAAUGCUAACAGCGGUAAAGUACAUGCUGUUGAAGGAAUAAAUAAGUCAUUGAGUAUUGGUCAAGUUGUAUGGGCUCCAGCAUCUAAAGUCUCACAGCAAAAAUUAGUUUUUGUUGGAUGGUCAUCGGAUUCAAGAAAACUUGGCAUGAAGUACUGUUAUAACCGGCCGUGUGCCUUGUACGUUGCUUGCAGUCCGUUCGACGAAUUAGCAGGUGAUGAUGUUGAUUAUAGAUGCAAUAAAGACUUGGAGGUGGUGAUUUUGACUCAGGGAAUUAAUAGUGCAUUCGCUCCAAUCUUUAGUCCUGAUGGCAAAUCCCUUGUCUUUUUGUCUGCCAAAGCUUCAAUUGACUCGGGAGCACAUUCAGCUACAAAUUCUCUCCAUCGGAUUGAUUGGCCUAGUGAUGGAAAUUCAAAUCCUUCCUCGGAAAUUGUUGAUGUGGUUCCUGUUGUAAUGUGUCCUGGGGAUGGUUGCUUCCCUGGGAUAUAUUGCUCCGGCUUCCUGAGGAACCCAUGGCUUUCUGACGGGCAUACUGUCGUAUUGUCCUCCAUUUGGGGAAGUACCCAAGUAAUACUUUCUGUGGAUAUACUGAGUGGCAAUGUAUCACGCUUAACACCUCAUGAUUCUACUUCUUCAUGGAAUCUUCUCUCCCUUGAUGAAGAUAAUAUCAUCGCUACUUGUAGCAGCCCAGUAGAGGUUCCAGAAAUCAAAUAUGGUUUGCUUCUCAAAGAGUCUUGUACAAGUGUUUCAUGGAGUUGGCAUGAUGUGCCUGGCCCUGUUUUUAAAAGCUCCAAGGAGGUCGAAUCCUUGUUGGCUACCCUACAAUUCAGCAUUAUGAAGGUUCCAGUCAAGGGUGGUUCUGGGAACUCCUCAGAAGGUGCUUCAAAUCCUAUUGAAGCCAUAUUUGUUUCUUCCAAAACAGAGCAGAACGAAUCCUGUAACCCGUUGAUUGUAGUCCUUCAUGGGGGGCCUCACUCUGUUUCAACAACGGGCUUCUCCAAGUCAUUGGCAUUUCUCUCUUCAAUUGGUUAUAACUUACUAAUUGUGAACUAUAGAGGUUCGUUAGGAUUUGGAGAAGAAGCAGUGCAGUCUCUUCCAGGGAAAGUUGGAUGUCAGGAUGUUGGUGAUGUGCUCACAGCUAUAGAUUACGUGAUUGAUUUAAAAUUAGUGGAUCCCUCCAAAAUAACUGUUCUGGGUGGCUCUCAUGGUGGCUUUCUAACCACCCAUCUCAUUGGCCAGGCUCCUGAAAAGUUUGCUGCUGCAGCCGCCAGGAAUCCUGUUUGUAACCUUGCUUUGAUGGUGGGAACAAGUGAUAUUCCCGAGUGGUGUUUCGUGGAGUCAUAUGGGAUUGACGGAAAAGCACACUUUACUAGCGCACCCACUAAGGAACAUUUAAGUGUCCUUUAUGACAAGUCUCCCAUUGCACAUGUGAACAAGGUCAAAACACCCACUCUAUUUCUUAUAGGUGCUAAGGAUCUCCGAGUUCCAUCCAGCAAUGGAUUGCAGUAUGUGCACGCAUUGAAGGAAAGAGGAGUUGAAGUGAAGACAAUUGUGUUUCCGGAAGAUAUUCACGGAAUUGACAAGCCGCAAUCUGACUUUGAAAGCUUCCUAAAUAUUGGUGUUUGGUUCAAGAAAUACUGUAAGUAGACAGGAAUUGAUAUUCAUACUCGGUAUUUUUAACAUCCAUUCUUGAUAAAAUUGGAGCUUCAAUGUCGAACAUCCAAUGUUACUGUGGAGUUUUCAUUCUGUGUAAUGCAAAUUCGAGCAAUGGCAUAUGUUAUUUUAACCUGUUGA